AUGGAGCACAACACCUGCACCCUGCUCCGCGAGGUCGUGAGCUCCGUGCACCAGCUCAAGGUCGCCGGGUUCCGCAUCCCCUUCACCGGGAACGACGGCGCGCGCUGGGUCCGGUCCCGGUGCACCGUCGACGGCAACGGCUGGGAGAUUCGCUACCACCCGGCGCUCUACGUCUUCGGCCAUAGGUACUGCCCCGGGCUCUCCCUCAUCUUCCUCGGCGAGCCGCCGCGCUCGGCGGCGGCGCCCGCCGUGACAGCCAUCCUCAGCGGCAGGAUCACCGCCUGCAGCAUGGACGCCGACUUCGUCGCGUUCGAGGAGAAGAAGACCGUGCCCAAGGCGUUCCGCCGCCCCCUCGACCGGUCCCCUCCGCUCUACCUCGGCGUGGGCCGUACCAAACCCUACGACGAUUUCAGGAGCCCUAGCCUGACCGUCGAAUACACCAUCACCGUGUUCAGGGAGCCGGAGCCGAGAGGCGCCGCCAUUGCCGACCUGUCCCGGCACCUCGGCGAGCUCCUGCGGAGCGAGGCCGGGGCCGACGUCACGUUCGCGGUGUCUGGCGAGACCUUCGCGGCGCACAAGGUCGUGCUGGCCGCAAGGUCCCCCGUCUUCAUGGCGGAGUUCUUCAGGGACAUGAAGGAGAAGGACGCCCGGCAUGUUGAGAUCCAGGACAUGGACACCGCGGCGUUCAAAGCCAUGCUCCACUUCAUCUACACCGACGCGGUGCCGGAGCUCGACGAGAGGCCGGAGGCGGCGGCGACGGCCCUGGCUCAGCAUCUGCUGGUCGCCGCCGACCGGUACGGCCUGGACAGGCUCAAGUUGAUGUGCGAGCUCAGGCUCGUGAUUGGCAUGGACGCCGGCACGGUGGCGUCGACAUUGGCUCUAGCGGAGCAGCACAGCUGCUCGUGGCUCAAAUCUAAGUGCAUCGAGUUCAUCGCCGGAGGGUCGCAGGAGAAUCUUGACGUGAUGCUGGCGACAGAGGGGUACAAGCAUCUGGUGGCGAGCAGCCCCUCGGUGUUGGCCGAGCUUCUCAAGGCUGCGCAUGGAAAAAAGAGAAGUAGAUCGCCAGAUGAGAAAUAG